AUGUUUAAAAAAUUACUUUUAUUUACAUUAACAUUUGCUAUUUUUGCUUUGGCAAUUUGUGAUAAUACAUUAUCAAUUUCUCAAUUUCAAAAAAGUGCUUGGGAUGGUCACUCUGGAUGGGAAGUCACAAUUUUGAACACUGAUUGUUGUAACACUGUUUUUGAUGCAACAAUUAUCCCAGAAUCCAACUUUUUCCCUGAAACCAUCUGGUCAAUUGAAUUAUUAUCAGAAAAUAAAUAUCAUUUCCCAGAUUUCCUUACAAAAACUGGAUUAGGAAUAGGAAAAAAUUUUACCUUUGGUUACAUUAACAAAAGUGGUACACCUGCUAUAUUUAAUUUUAUGGAUGUUAAAUUCCAAUCAAAUAAUUAA